AUGAGUUCUUUCAGAGUGUCCCUGAAGACCAGAACCAGUGGUAUCAAUUGCAUUUCGACACUUACAAAGAGUUGGGCCAACCUCGAAAACAGAAUUAAAGAAAUAGAAAAGUAUAAAACGGUGAAAGCAAUUUUUAUCAAUGUUGACUUGGCAGAUUUAGGUAACCGAGAGAAAGACUCGAAGAGAAGGGCCGAGGACGAGGCUAGUGCUGCUCUGUUGGCAACGGCUGCUAAUAAUGGAAAAACUGACUACCCUUCCAAUCUUUCGUGGAAACAUAUAGAACGAAUCAGAGCUUGCACAAACAUUCCAAUUGCAUUGAAGGGGAUUCAAAGAGGCGAGGAUGUUGUGCUAGCAGCCGAAAAGGGAAUCAGUGGAGUUGUGUUGUCAAAUCAUGGAGGAAGACAAUUGGACUUUUCAAGACCUCCACUUGAAGUUCUCUCUGAAGCUAAACAGAUGCUCAAAGAAAGAGGCCUUGAUAAUAAAAUCGAGAUCUACAUUGACGGUGGAAUCCGCAGGGGUUCAGAUAUAGUUAAAGCCCUCUGUCUUGGAGCUACAGGGGUGGGUUUGGGACGUCCAUUCUUAUAUGCCAUGGCAGGAUAUGGCGAAGAAGGUGUGUUGAAACUAGUUCUGCUUUUGGAGGGAGAAGUAAAGAACAACAUGAAACUUUUGGGGGUUGACAACAUAAAAGACUUGAAUGAAGAGUUAAUUGACACUACAACUUUAAAGUUUAGAGGCUCCAUGGUGAAUGACAGACUCUACGACGGUGUCUAUGAGCAGUUGAACUUUCCAAGCUUCAAGAAUGAGGUCGGUUCGAUUAAUUAG